AUGGCACAUUUAGAUUAUCCAGGGCCAGAUUUUGCUAUCAAUAAUCAGAUCUCUACUUUAUCACUAAAGAUGGAUUUUUUUCUGAAACAUGAAGUCUGUUUUAUUUUAGCCCGCAAAUUCACAGACAAGCACGAGUGGAUAUCUGUUGAAAAUGGUAUUGGGACAGUAGGAAUCAGCAAUUUUGCUCAGGAAGCAUUAGGAGAUGUCGUUUAUUGUAGUCUUCCAGAAAUUGGGACAAAGUUGAACAAACAGGAUGAGUUUGGUGCUCUUGAGAGUGUGAAGGCUGCUAGUGAACUCUACUCUCCUCUCACAGGAGAAGUAACUGAAAUUAACACCGCCCUUGCAGAUAAUCCAGGACUCGUCAAUAAAUCUUGUUAUGAAGAUGGUUGGCUUAUCAAGAUGACUGUGGACAACCCCUCAGAACUUAAUGAACUGAUGAAUGAGGACGCAUAUGAGAAAUACAUAAAAUCCAUUGAGGACUGACAUGAAACGCUAGAAUAAACCACUAAAAAUAUUUACUUCAGCGUAGUUUGUCAUAGAUUAGUGGUGUACAGAAGGUUUGACAUUGGGCAGCUUGAAAAAAAUUGCAUAUUCCAGAAAGUUUGGAUAACAUUUCAAGACAAAUAUGCUGCCUCUGAAUCAUGUUGUACUAAAAAGCAACCCUGUGACAAUAAGAGAUUGCAGAUGGGGAAAAAUUGCUUAACGUUUGCUCCCCUUUGUUAGUGAUUUUUUUUUUUUAGUUUACUAAACUUAAUGAUAUCAUUUUCAAAGUUUGGAAUGUCAUCUGGAGUAAAACAAAUUUAGUUCUUAAAAAUACACACAGUGUUGCAGCACUGUAACAUGCAACAGCCUUAGCAGCAGCAUGGUAACUGUGUUAGCUGUCCAAAUACAUUUAUAUAGCUUAACUGGCUGUUGUAAAACAAAAGCUGCAUCAUGUUUCAGGUGUACACAGCAAUUUUUAGCUGAAAUCUGCUCUGGCUGUAGCUAUUUUCUACAGAUAAAGCUACAGCCUUGCAGCAGACUAGAUAACAGAAAAUAAAAAAACCUGACUUUACCAA